AUGGGACUUCUUAGUAUCAUUCAGAAAAUCAAGAGAAAAGAAAAGGAAAUGCGAAUCCUUAUGGUUGGGCUUGAUAAUUCAGGGAAGACCACGAUUGUUUUGAAGAUUAACGGAGAGGAUACAAGUGUAAUUAGUCCUACUCUUGGCUUUAACAUCAAAACCAUCACAUACCAGAAAUAUACUCUGAAUAUAUGGGAUGUAGGUGGUCAAAGAACUAUAAGAUCAUAUUGGAGGAACUAUUUUGAGCAAACAGAUGGUUUGGUUUGGGUUGUUGAUAGCUCAGAUCUUAGAAGAUUAGAUGAUUGCAAAAUGGAACUGGAUAAUCUUCUAAAGGAAGAGAGGUUAUCAGGAGCAUCCUUGUUGAUACUAGCAAACAAACAGGACAUAAAAGGUGCUCUUACACAAGCUGAAAUUGCUAAAACUGCAAAACCGUGA